GCCCAGAGUGUGACAAUGUCUGGCCGGGGGAAGGGCGGCAAGGGGCUCGGCAAGGGCGGCGCCAAGCGCCACCGCAAGGUGCUGCGCGACAACAUCCAGGGCAUCACCAAGCCCGCCAUCCGCCGCCUGGCUCGGCGCGGCGGCGUCAAGCGCAUCUCGGGGCUCAUCUACGAGGAGACGCGCGGCGUGCUCAAGGUCUUCCUGGAGAACGUGAUCCGCGACGCCGUCACCUACACGGAGCACGCCAAGAGGAAGACGGUCACGGCCAUGGACGUGGUCUACGCCCUCAAGCGCCAGGGUCGCACCCUCUACGGCUUCGGCGGCUAAGCUCGGUUCUUGCUACAUUUUAGCGCUUUUAUAACACAAAGGCUCUUUUAAGAGCCGCCCACUUAUUUCUCAAAAAGAACUGUGUCGCUGUAUUGGGCUUUUGCAUUUGAUGCUGGUUGUUUUUCCCUAACACUGCACCUGUCGUCCCUCUCUCUGCCGCGCUUUGGGUAGGUCGGCUUGCUGUUCCUCAGCGGCUUUUAGGAAAGGGAAAAAAAACCCCACACAGGUCAAAAUUAAAUAACCCUUCCCUAUGAAAAUUACAGCAACAAUAGUAUGCUUAAGUUCUCCACGAUAAGGCAGUUGCACCAUUCUGUUCCUUAUUCCCGGCCCGUGACUCAAAGGCAGCUGCAGAUCCAGCCGCAGCGCCCAGCAGUAACGCCGUGGCGGAGGUUCUUGGCUCUUGCGGCCGCCGCUGCCGCCCGGGGGAGCGCGGGCCCGCGGCCGGGGAGGG